UCUUGGGUAUUUCUUUGGAUCUGAAGACCAUUCACGACUCGGCCCCUGAUUAUAAGUUCGGGAAGGAGAAUCCUCGUAAUCCUCGCUUGAAGGAUUACGUGCUGUCUCCGUCGGGUGUCGCUCGGAUAUCUGAAGUUCGAGCUGAUCCGUGGGAUUCUGCCUCUUCUCCCGAAGCUGUUCCAGUGAAAGUCGUGCUCCCUGAUUUGAGGACAACCUCGGAUCCGGGUCCUGGGACUGACGCUGUGCCGCGUGCCGUUCCUUCGGUUUCAUCUCCGGCUCGGAUAGAUAUCUCUUUAUCUAGGAACCGGGAUCAGCGCAAAAGGAAGAGCAGCACUCUUUUGAGGCCUUCUGCGCAUCCGAAGAAGGCGAAAGCUGAUCAGUCUUCGGAGAAGGAAGUGGUUUCGGAAGUCAUGCCUCCUCCCAAAAACCUCCUUCACUUCAUGCCCUUGCCCGGGCAGAAGUUGAAGAGUGUGGUGGUUGUGGAACCGCCUCCCGUGGACCAACCGCUGGCUGAGGAAGAUACCAUCCCUUCUCCGCUGAAGCCGUCUGCUGCUUUAGGGAUCGAGAUCCAGGAUAUAACCAAGGUGAUGGAGGCAAUUGAAGCCGACCUUGUUCCUGGCUCGGAUGUCCCUAUUGUGGCCGAGCAGAAGGAAGAAGCUGCUGACGUUUCUCUCGAAAGGGAGAAAAGUCCGGAUAAGGAGAUGGUGGAUCUCACCGAAGCUCACGUAGAGGUUCCCGAAGCUGAGAAGGAGGAACCCGAGCAGGGUCUGACGAGGAAGAGGCGUCAUUCGACCUUGGGCUCCACUUCGACCUCGGCCCUGGAUAGACUGAUCCACGCUGACCCUUGCUCGGAUGUUCCGCUGAAACGGAUCCCCGAGGAGGUAAGGGAAGCGAUGGCUCGCUAUGCCAGAGCUCCGGUUUUGGGGGAGAACCCCAUGGCUCACGUGGGAUCUUUGGUGGGUCCCGAAGCUGCACGGGAGAAUCUUCUUCGGGCCAACCCGCAGUGGAGGGUUCCUGGAGCUGAGGAGAGGAACCCAGCUAUGAUGGCCCAAUAUUAUCUGAAUGAGGCUGUUUUCUGGUCCUCGUUCGCUUCCGAGUGUAGCUCGGUUGAGGAAAGGCAGCUGAGGAGGUAUCAGGAGGCUUAUGCUCGUGAUAUCCCUGUCUUGGACCAGAAGGCUGGGCAGCUCAUGGCCGAGAUGGUGGACCUCAAGCAACUGUACCUUCAGUACAGUCGUGAGGCUAGGGAAGCGGCGGAACAGAUCGGGGCCGAAGUUGGGAGGCUCACUUUCCAAGUUGAAGAGGAUGCUGAAAAGAUAGCUUCCUUCGACAGGGAGAGGAGAGAAAUGGCUGCCAAGUUUGCGAGCGAACUUGAAGAAAAAGACAGUCUUCUCAAGGAGAUGACGUCUAAAUUUGAGGCGGCCAUUAAGCAGAGCCAGGAAGCGGAGGCGAGGCUUCAGCAGUUUAUCAAGCACCGGGAGAUUGUUCAGAAUCAAGCUGACAAGGUGCCCGUUCUCCAGCUGAAGAUCCGAGAGAAAGAUGCUGCCAUUCGGAAGUUGGAGCAAGAGAGAGUUGACCUCUACACUGCUGAUCAGUGUAGAGAGCAAUACUGGAAUGGCAUCCUGGGUGCUCGGCGGAUGUUCGCGAAGCACAUGCCUCAUUUCCCUUGGAAUGAGAAGGUUCCGCUCUGGAUGAGGGCCCAGGAUCACUUGGUGGAGUGCCAGGCCGAUCGAGACGAAGCUGAAGCUGAACGCCAAGCUGCUCUUGCAGAGGCUCGGGCCCAGAAGGCGGCUUCCGAAGGUGAUACUACUGCUGGGGGUUCUUCGAAGGAUGCUCCUCUGGGGGAUGCUCCUGAGACUCCCAAGAGCUAG